AUGUCCACCUCCCAGAAAGCACUCCACGGCAAGAUCGCCCUGGUCAGCGGUUCUUCUUCUGGGAUUGGGGCCGCAAUUGCAGAGGAACUCGCUGCACGUGGCGCCACGGUCAUCAUCAAUUACCCACAUCCAUCAGAAGAGCCCUCUGCGAAAGAAGUACUAUCAAAGAUAUCCAACAACGACCGAGCCGAAUCACUAAUGGUCCAAGCCGAUCUCGCAACUACCGAUGGGCCCGGGAUUCUCGCAGACGUCAUAUCCGUAAAGUUCGGAAAGCUCGAUAUUCUUGUGAAUAAUGCGGGUCGCAAUGCAUUUUGCGAUAUAGCUACAGCAACUGACGCGGAGGUCAAUAAGUUAUGGGAUGACAUAGUGGGCGUCAAUGGUCGGGGGACAUUGCUGCUCACUCGAGCUGUCCUCCCAAUAUUAUCUCCGGCCAACUCCCGUAUUAUUAAUAUCGGGAGCAUCAGCUCGCGUGAUCCCGAUCCAAAUUUGAGUAUCUACGCCGGAACCAAAGGCAUGAUAGAGUCUUUUACCCGUUGUUGGGCUCGAGACUUUCCGCGCAGGUACAGAUGUACUGUCAACACAGUUGCGCCCGGGCCGGUAGCUACAGAAAAGCUACUUGCAGCCCCGGAAAGCUAUUCGGGUAUUUUGCGGGAAAAGUGGGAUAGAACGCCUGCGGCAGCUCGUUUUGCAAAACAGGAGGAGGUGGCUUGGGUAGUUGCGGAACUGUGUGAUGAGAAAGCUUCGUGGGUGAAUGGCGCAUAUAUUCCCGUGACGGGAGGGGCAACCCUGUCCUAG